GAGAAACAAACAAACACCACCCGAGAAAGCAGAGCCCUCAGUCUCUGUGAGAGAGAGAGAGAGAGAGAGAGAGAGGUCUUGACUCUCGGGUUUCAAACAGAACGUCAGAGUGCGAGCAAAGAAGCGAGGCGGAGAUCGAGGUGGGUUCCAAACACACGUCGUCUUCAGGUAAACUCCAUGUGCCCACAUGUAUGAUUGUGAUUAAAGAGCCAGAGAGUGAGACUAGAACAAGUACUUGUAUCCACAGCCACCAUUGUGUUUAUUUAUGACCUUCACGCCAGCACCAACUUCAUCCCCAGUCGUAACAUAAUCAGAAAAGGCUUGGGGACGAAUCGGAAUUCGCUUAGUUGGAUCAUGAAUAUGGUGCUUUAAUGUUCAUAUACACGCGCCAUAACAUUCGACGACGACCGCAAUAACAGCCAUUUCGUGGCAAUUAUUUUGAGGUGGAGGAGAAGAGUGGGAAAGAGAUGAAGGAGAAGAGCGAGAGUGGAGGUGGAGGGUAUGUGAGAGCAGAUCAGAUAGAUCUGAAGAGCUUGGACGAGCAGCUUCAGAGGCAUCUGACACGAGCAUGGACGAUGGAGAAGAACAAGAAUAAUAAAGAAGAGGAGAGUGGAGGGAGGUCUACCCAAACGAGGCAAGAAUGGGAGAUUGACCCUUCCAAGCUCAUCGUCAAAAGCGUCAUUGCUCGCGGCACUUUUGGCUCCGUUCACCGUGGCAUUUAUGAUGGCCAAGAUGUUGCAGUGAAGCUCCUUGACUGGGGAGAAGAGGGCCAUCGGUCAGAAGCUGAAAUAGCUUCUCUGAGAGCAGCUUUUACGCAAGAAGUUGCUGUUUGGCACAAGCUUGACCAUCCUAACGUAACAAAGUUCAUUGGAGCAACAGUGGGCUCAUCAGAUCUACACAUACAAAUGGAAAAUGGUCAUAUAGGAAUGCCAAGUAAUAUUUGUUGUGUUGUUGUUGAGUAUUGUCCUGGGGGUGCACUCAAGUCUUACCUCAUCAAAAACAGGAGAAAGAAGCUCGCAUUUAAAGUGGUUGUCCAACUGGCACUUGAUCUUGCAAGAGGGUUGAGCUAUCUCCACUCGAAGAAGAUUGUCCACAGAGAUGUCAAAACAGAAAACAUGCUUUUAGACAAGACACGAACCUUGAAGAUAGCUGACUUUGGAGUAGCUCGCAUUGAGGCUUCUAAUCCUCAUGACAUGACUGGGGAAACUGGAACUCUUGGUUACAUGGCUCCAGAGGUUUUAAACGGUAGUCCAUAUAAUAGAAAGUGUGAUGUGUAUAGUUUUGGUAUAUGCCUAUGGGAGAUAUACUGCUGCGACAUGCCAUAUCCUGACCUUAGCUUCUCAGAAGUGACGUCUGCUGUUGUCCGUCAGAAUCUGAGGCCAGAGAUACCUCGAUGUUGCCCAAGCUCUCUGGCAAAUGUAAUGAAGAGAUGCUGGGAUGCGAAUCCUGACAAGCGACCAGAGAUGGAUGAGGUGGUGACAAUGUUGGAAGCUAUAGACACUUCAAAAGGUGGAGGCAUGAUCCCUCAUGAUGAGCCCCAAAGUUGUCUUUGUUUCCGAAGAUACCGUGGACCUUGAAACCUCAAAUAUUUUUAGUAAUCUGGAGGCUCAAUUCGUAUUUGUUUAACUGAAAUGAAAUGAUAGAUAGGGAUGGAAGAAUCAAAGAUGAAAUGCACAGAAAAAGCAAUGAAGAGUUCUGCAAUAUGUAGUUACAUACACUGUUGGGCUGUGAUUUUUGUAAACCUAACUGUGCCUUUCCUCAUUUCACCUACUUGUUAGCUUCCGCGUCAUUUCAUGUCAUGAGCUUGUAAGUGAUCUGUUUUAGCUCAA